AACAAUUUGUUUAUGGUAAGAAAAUUUUUAUAACCUCUGGCGCUUACAAUUUUUUAACGAAGAAUUGAAAAAACUUUGAUAAAUAAUACUCGAGAUUGGUUAAAUUUGUUAUUUACGCACAGUUUUGGGACCUAACAUUUGAUCCUUGGCGAUGGCAGCGGCAGCGGCGCCGGCGCUGGGCGCGGUGCGCGGCGCGGGCCGCAUGGCGGCGUGGCGCGCGCACGCGUACGGCGCGCUGGACGAGCUGCGGCUGGAGGCGGCGCGCGUGCCCGCCCUGCGCGCGCCCGACGACGUGCUCGUGCGCGUCGCCGCCUCCUCCAUCAACCCGCUCGACGUCGCCAUGCUGGGCGGCUACGGGUCGCGCGUGCUGAACGCGCUGCGCAGCGUGGAGGGCGCGGAGGGCGCGGAGGGCGUGGAGUUCCCGCUGGUGUGCGGGCGCGACUUCGCGGGCACGGCCGUGCGCUGCGGCCCGGCGGCGCGCCUGCGGCCCGGCGCGCGCGUGUGGGGCGUGCUGCCGCCGCACCGCCCCGGCGCGCACGCCGACUACGUGCUGGUGCGCGACCGCUGGGCGGGGCCGGCGCCGUCGACGCUGGACGACUUGCAAGCGGGCGGCGCGUUGUACGCGGCGCUGAGCGCGAGCGCGGCCCUUCGCGCGGGCGGACUGCGGGCCACGGCGCGGGCCGCGCGCGUGCUGCUGCUGGGGUUGGGCGGCGUGGGCCACGCGGCGUUGCAGCUGCUGGUGGCGGCCGGCGCGCGGGUGAUAGUGGGGUGCGCGGGCGAGCAAUGCGACCGCGCACUAGCGCUGGGCGCGGCGGCGGCGCUGGACCGCCACGCGCCCGACUACGCGCGUCUACUCGAGGACUCCGGCCCGUACGAGGUGAUCCUGGACUGCGCGGGGCUGGGCGGCGCGGAGGCGGGCGCGCGGCGCUGGCGGUUCGGGCGCUACGUCACGCUCACCACGCCGCUGCUGCGUGACACCGACGCGCGCGGCCUGCUGGCCGGCACCGCGGUGGCGACGGCGACGCUGCUGGCGCAGGGCGCGGCGGCGGCGCGCGCGGGCGGCGGCGCGGGCGCGUGCCCGCCGCACGUGCGCUGGGCCUACUUCGCGCCCAACGCCGACGACAUCGAGCACCUGAGGAAGCUCGCCGAGCAGGGCAAGUUCUGCGUGCAGGUGGAGGAGACGUUCGAGUGGUGGCGCGCGCGGGAAGCGUUCGAGCGCGCGGCGCGGGGCUCGGCGCGCGGCAAGCUGCUGCUCGACUUCCGCGCGCAGCCGCGCCACUAGCGUCGUACCACUAGCGCCAGUAGCGCCGCGCCACUAGCGCCACGCCGGGGUGUCGUGUGCGCAGAGACAGUUUAACUCCUCUCGGUAUGGAUAGAUAGAUCAGCUCAGAGCUCGUUAUACAAGUAUUAUACAUAAAUAUUUAUUAUCUUAUAUUAUUAAGUCUAUUACAGGUGAUAUCGAUUUUUUUGUUACAAUUACGUAGUUAAUAUUAUUAUACCUAUUCAAAGAUGACCAUUAUUUUGGUGAUGGUACCUAUAAAUUAUGUAGUUAGAUAAAAGAUAUGUAUACUUGAUUGGCAUUGAAAAUACAUUUAUUAUAAUUAUGUAUCGUGUUCUGCAUCACAACUGAGUAGGUACCGCGCAUGUAGUUUUUAAAGGUUAAUGUUACAUUUAUUUUUAGAAAUAAACAAAUAACUUUUUGG